UAUCCGCCAUUUUGUGGACAUUCUUGUGGAAAAGUGAAAAAUCGAGACGUCACAACACAAUAUACAUAAUCUUUAUUGUUUCUAUGCGUCAAUUGAAAAAACAUUCUGAUAAUAUCGGAGUUUCCCGACUGUGGAUUUUGUUAUUGACAUACGGUUUAUUUCGGAGUCCUAUACGCCCUGUUUUACUUGCACAAUUAAGUACACAUAUUUCAAUGUGCAUGUGUUAAAGCCAAUAACUUGUUUGAUGGAUGCACACUCCACUCUGCCUUAGAUAAUGGACAUUUGAUCGGCAUCUUUAAUAUCGUUCUCCUUGGAACCAAUCAAAAAAAUGAAACGUUGACGGAUUUGCACUUGAUGCAUAAGAUUUCGAUGAGAAUAAGAUUCAGUGACUAAGCUGGACAUGGCAAAACGUCGAUCUUUUGCGAUAAAAACCAAUACCCAGCAAGCUUUUGUGAGUGUUAAAGGUGAAUACUGUACUGUACUCGAAAGCCAGCUAUAGAGUAAGACAUCGAGCUCUGGAUUUGUGUUUUGGGAUUGCAAUUAAAACGAAUAGAUGAACAGAAUCCCAAUCGGAAGCAAAAGGACAGAGUUAUGUCAUCAAUGAACUAUGGGUACCGCAUUAAAGUUAAAAAGCGAGUCAACACAGGAAGAGACAGCCAAGCCGUUUUCCCAACGGUUCACAAUAAUUUAAGGCAAAAUCAUAAGAUGUUGAGUUCCACAUGUAGUUUAAGGCGUCCCGGAAUCAGGUUCCCAUCAGUAUUAUCAAGCGCUCUGAUCCCGCAGACAUCCGCAGCUUCAAAGACCUGUGUUAAAAUAAAUAGCUACCACUAUCGGUGUCGUGUGAUCAGGAAAAGAAUCGAAGGACCUUUGAGCGGCAUUCUCUUUGAUUUACUGUCUCUAAUUAUGCUUCAACGCCACCGUUUCCUUAUGGUGUUUGUGCUACUGAUAACGUCACAUAUUUGCUUAUCGCACUCGCUGCUAGUGGAGGAAUCGAAGCUGACGUCCCCUGACGAAUCGUCCAAGAACAAUAAUAUUUCUCGGGCAAAGCCAGUUGGACACGAACACGGAAGCAAUAGCAACUCGACUGGAAUUGGAAGCCACGCAAGUUCUGGUUCCUCUUCAGUUGCGGCCAGUGGUUACUUGGAAAAAUUGGAACGUAGUGUGGGCGCCGUUCUGAUAAAGGUCGCUUAUGGCACAUCUACAACGAAACGCAGCAUACCUGACAAUAGCUAUGCUUCAGGCCUAACCACAGUUGCUACACCCCUCCUAACGACCCAAAGAUAUCAGUCCGUUCAUCAACAACAGAUCACAAGUGGUCGUCAGAGAAACUACGAACUAGACUUGGAAAGAGAUCAUGCACUGCCCACCUCUGCGCCAAAUGCUGACAUAUUGAAAAGUAACAAUAAUCCCACUUACCCCAAUCCAAAUCGUCACCACUCGCAUGACAGAGAUCGUCAUCGUCACACAAUGCAGUAUAAUUCCACACCAGUCCCGCCAUCAAUACCUAACCUAUUGAAAAAAACAAUUGGAGCUCACUCACCGACAAUACCAAUGUAUCCGGGCGAUAUUCCACUAUACUCUCCGCCAUCGCGAACCUUUUUCACGCCACCACUGCCACCGGAAUAUCAAAACCCGUUUGCGGACAAGCCAACAUUACGCGGCUCCAAUAAUGAGGGCCUCAUAGCCAUUAAUAGGCGACCCAUUCCACCUCCCAGCCUAAUGCCCAGCCAGGACAGGAUUCCCAUUCGACCCCCCGAAUUGGGGAGCAACAGCAAUGAGGCCAACGGCAUUUUGAUAGCGAAUGUAAGUUAUGAUAAUGGUGUGGAUACCAAGAGUCCUGUUGUGUCCACAAGCACUCAGGACGCGGUGUUCGAUACGGUCGGUAUUGAUCGAAAAAAAGCCCUUAAUACACCGGCCCGACAGCCAUCCAGUAACGAAGAUUAUUUAAGCGAACAGAUUGGCUCAAAAAGACAGGGUGCGCAGAGCGUGGAUUACAGUGGACCCAAUAAGAAGCAAGAGGUGCUUCCAAAUAUAAGACGCAUUCUUGGAUCAAAUGGUAAAAAAAGUGACAUUCCAGCAGUUCUAUUGAAGCAGGUGACCCCGAGACCGGUCACUAGCUUCCAUCACCCACCGUCCUCUCCAAUUGUUCUAAUCGAAAACUCUUCCGCAAACGAAGACAACACCGAAGGGGAUGGUUCCUCUGCCAGUCCAAACAUCAACCAAAGCAAACAUCUGUCAGGUCAGCUUGAUUUUUAUGAUAACGCGAACCAGUCCGCACUGACCACACCGGCGGCUGCAGCUGCUAUUGGAGAUGUGGCGGCAACAUCGUUCUCAUACGCAACCACAAACGCUGGCCAAUCUGGGCAGAUGACAGGCAGGACGACAACGACAUUUGCUUCGACUAUUCAGGGCCAGGGUCAGGGUCCAAGCGGCGGGGCUCGCGACGAGAUUGCUGCUGCGGCAGCGGCAUCAGCGCACACCACCUGGACUUGGGCCUGGAACAUACAUAUAUACCUGUCGGUGGUACUUUUCACAAUAUUAUCAGUGUACUCACUCUACAAACUUCUCACUUAUAAUAAGCUAACACAUCUUUUCGCACAGUCGUAUUUUGUUUGCAUUCAUCUCAUACUGAUAACGAUUUGCAUAAUGCGAAUAUUUUUUCUCUGCUACGAUGCCUAUAAUAUCCAUGGGACCUUUAAUAUAUUUGUCGCAGAGCUUCUCCUGAAUCUCCCCUCCACAUUUUUGACAGUUGCCUUUUCUGUGCUAAUAUUAUUUCUCUUUCUGAAGUCGUUGAAUCACAAGAACAAUCGUUACUCGGCUUUAAUAAGACCUCUCACAGUCGUCGUGGGCUGUGGCGUUCACGUUGUGCUGUGUAUAACCCUGCACUACGUCGAAUCGUAUACGCUUAAGAACCAUCACUUGUACUUCCAGCAGCAGCAGCAACAGCAGUAUUUUCGACGUCAGCAGGUGCAUUAUCAGCAAAGUCAAAUUGCUGCGACGAUCUCAUCAUCGGCCAGUCUGGCAAGUCCACCUCCACCUCCACGCGUCCUAACGCUCAUUUGUCAGAUCAUCUACAUAUUCAUAUGCCUCAGUCUGGGAUUUCUGUAUCUCUAUUUAUAUCGAAUAUUGAAGCGCAUCUUGCGCAGCAAGUCCCAGAACUAUAUACACGGCUAUCAGAACCUAUCCUACGCCAUACACAUCACGAUUGCUACGGCUCUGCUUUUUGUGCUUCUAGCUGCUCUACAGAUAUUUGGAGCCAUUUGCAUUUCGUCGUCGCGUCAAGCGAACAUAGUCGAGGUGGACUGGUUGCAAUGGGGAUACCAGUUUUCCCUGCGACUUAUAGAGAUCGCGAUAAUAACCCUAAUAUCGUGGGUGACUGGCCUAAAGACUAGCGUCGAUCCAAAUUCACCAAAUACUCCAGCUGGCCUAAAUGGGGACGUACGCAUCGUUGGGCCCGUGGUUUCUCUGGGUGCGUAUGGCCAAACUAGCGGCGGUAGCACUGCCAAUGCAGUUAGGGAAAAGCAUGGCGGAAAUGGCGUUCACAACUCUAAUGUUACAAACUUCUUUUUACCCUGUACAUCGAGCUCCAGCCAGGAGCAGUUUGAAACUGAUUAUCCGGCUAUUUGCAAUGCCAACACAAAUCUCCAUACGUAUACCAUGCGAACAGGAAAACUCAUAUACGACGACAGCUAUGCUCUCAAUCCCAUAGGGCCCAAUGCUGCAUCCCCGAGUGGGCGCAACUGCGAGUACCAGUUGCAGGAGCCGAUGUACCAGAGGCCGUAUGAUACCGGAUCAGUUAGAAGCGCUGUUAACCAUAAUAUGGCAGAAUACGGAUCUCAAGCUGCACAAAGCUAUCAUCAGCAGCAACAACAGCAUCCGAAUUUGCAUCAGCAUCAACAUCAUAUGCGAGUUCAUGAACAGACCACAUACAUGAGCACGGACUAUAUGACGGAUGCUACAACAGAUCAUUAUGAAAACCCAAACUUUGAUUUGCGUACGAGCUCAUCAGUUGUAGCGGUGGAAAGUAUGCAAAAACUGGACAAAAAUGUUGUUAGUUCUAAGUCUGGUUCUGGCUCUGCCUCUGGCUCGGGCUCUUCACAACAGCAAAUUAUGCUGUUGCAAAGCGACACAUGUUACUCGGAACCACUAGAGGAGGAUAACUCUAGAUUUGAAUUCAACAACUUUGAACGUCCCGUGUUUAAAGAAAAAUCUAUAAAUAAUGUCCAACUGCAACCCAACAUUGAGUGCUGGCCGGAGCGCGAUCAUGACCGGCUCAAGAUAGCUAAAAGUCGGGAGAGGAAACUAAACGCCUCGCUCGAGCGUAACGGCUUUGAGAAUACCGAGCGUCGCAGUUCCAACUCGACAAACUCUUGCUCCUCAUCGAAUGGUGGGGGCGGGCGUUAUGCCAGCUAUAAUUCAUAUGAGCGUGGAUUUUUUAACGGUGUGCGCAAAAGUGGAACCUUGAACAGUAUUGUUAACGGAGGCAUGACAUUGGGGGGGCCUACGCCGAGUCGAGCUAUGGCUGUGCCAUUAUCUUCUGUUGUCGGCCAGCGAAUGACGGCCAACGGAGUACAGACCUUAGCUCUCUCGGAGAGAGCCCACUAUUAUCAGAGAAGUAAGCGCUCCUCCAAUGGUAGAUCAUUGCAAGUUGGUACAGAUUUAACACCAUUUCAAGCUGAUCCAAUAAAUGGUAUUCCUCUUAAGGAGCAUCAGCUCCAGCAGUUACCGUACGAUCAUAAUUCCGAAGAAGAAGAUGAGGAGGAAGACGACAUGAUAUCGGGAAGCAAUGUGGAGUGCACAAACUUAAUUAACAACGAGAACAGUUUGGCCACUCCGUCCGAAAUCAACACUCAAAACUCAAUUGGCAAUAACAAAUCGCAAGCUGCACUUGUUGCAAUCGCAAAAAAUCGUACCCAUGACGCACACUCGCAACACCCCCAUUCACAUCUAAAUUCGCACCUGCAACAUCCACAUCUGCAUGUACAAAAUAAUGGAAAGCUUCGUUCCGAAUUGAGUGCUGCUUCGUCAGCUUCGGUUGCCUCAGCCUCAUCCAAUUCAUGCACGACUUCGAGUGCCUCGGACAGCAUGUUAGUGACCGAGCAAGGAUUUCUACGUUUUCGGGCUAUUGAAGAUCCCAAUAAUUCGCAAAUUGACUCCAUACCAGAUAGAAGCGAUAGCAGCGGUGUCGUUGUGCCGUCUCUUCGCCAUCCAAGUUGCAGUGCAACUCUAAAUGGCAUCGAUUGCUAAGCAUUUUUGCUUUAUACGUACGUAUGAACAUGCUACGUUGCUUUGUAUGCCAUAACGAUAAUCAUCUUGUUUCGGUUAAAGCCAAUUGAAUCAAUCUGUUUUAAUUGUCGGUUUAUGCCAAUAGUAGUAAAAUCACCACUUUCUACUCUCUUCAAACUUGUGAUAUACAUAUAAAAAAACUAGCAAAACAAAAACAUAUAUAUACAAAUUAUUGUCAGUCGGUAAAGCAUAAACAUAUUUACGAUCCAAUACAUUAUAGCAUAUAUACGUAUUUAAUAUACAUAUAUCAAUCUUAUUUAUUUCAUAAAACUCAUAAUUUAGAGUCAAAACUUAUAUAAACAAUUUCUGUCCAUGCAAGGAUAGCAGCCCAUAUACCUUACAAAUUUCAAUACAUACGUAGCGAGUGUCUGGUCUACAUUUCGUCGGCCCAAAUAAUUUGAUGUACAUAUUAAAUAUGUAUUUAAAGGUAUUCAGGAACCAGGAUCUUUCAAAAGCAUUAGAAAUAAUUGUUUUAUUUCCGUAUUUUCUUUUUGUACUUAUUUGGUUUAGCCUCAAAGUAUAUUUUCAUAUAUAUGGCCGUUGUUGCUUUGUACAUACAUAUAUACUUAAAUUAUACAUUUUGGGGCUCCACUAGCCAUUGAUAUUAAAUUAGACUACGAUUUUUAUUUUUCUACUUUUAUCUGCGUACAAACUCAUAUAUCCCUUAAAUUCAGUUUCACACGGUCCAUUUUUGUUAUUCCGUUUAGUAUCAAUUCUUUAUUUCUGACAGUCAAAAUAUGUACAAAAGUUUGGACAGAAAUAAAAAAAAGAAAAAUACAAUUUUUAAUUGAACUUAAAUAAAAUCUCUUCCGUGAAUUUAGUUAAUUGGCACUAUGCAUAUACACAUAUGUUUGUAUGUGUCUUGUGUAAAUACAUAAUGUGUAAUUGGCUUUAGGACUAACCUAACCCCUACAUAAAAACAUACAAGGGAUUUUGCUUUCUUGGUCUUGCUAAGUGCUCAGCAAAAUGAAUUUUUACUAUGUUGAAGAAAAUGAUUUCAUUCAAAUUAAGACUAACAUUUAAAAUAAGAAAUAUACACAAAUGUAAUGCUCUUAAGAAAAUAAGUAAUUAAUAGCCUGUUAAAAUGACACGUUAAUAUACAUAGUACUGAUUAGUUAAGGCUUUUGCAUUUUCGAAUGUUAAAUUGAUCAAACAUAAAUGUAUUCUUAACUAACUUAUACUGCUCUAUUAAGUACGAUCAAUUUGAGAACUUAAUAAGGAAAAGGUUAUAGUAUUAAUCAGACUAUGCACACUAAGCACUAUACCAACACAUCAAAAAUAAUUAUGUGGUUAGACUACCAUUAAUUAAUUUCCAUUAUAAUACAAAUUAAAUAUGUAUACUUAUAAUUCAAUAAUGUAUAUGAACAAAUUUCGCAUGUACGAGUAUAUGGAAUUACCAAUUCCCACAAUAAAAUGACAAAAAUAUUACUGAACAAUAUACUAUGCUUUG